GCCGCCCGCCGCCAGCUGACCGGCCUGGAAUCCCGAGCCCGGACUCGGCCCCGCCGCCUCCGCCCCGCCGCCCGCCGGGAGCGCCGCCGCCUCCACCCGCCGCCCGCCGGGAGCCGCCGGGACCAUGGGGGACGCCGGGAGCGAGCGCAGCAAAGCGCCCAGCCUGCCGCCGCGCUGCCCCUGCGGCUUCUGGGGGUCCAGCAAGACUAUGAACCUCUGUUCCAAAUGCUUUGCUGAUUUUCAGAAGAAACAACCAGAUGAUGAUUCCGCUCCAAGUACAAGUAACAGCCAGUCAGAUUUGUUUUCUGAAGAGACCACCAGUGACAACGACAAUACCUCGAUAACCACGCCCACUCUCAGCUCCAGCCAGCAGCCGCUCCCGACAGAAAUGAAUGUAACUUCACCAAGUCAAGAGGAGUGUGGGCCAUGCACAGACACAGCUCAUGUCUCGUUAAUCACACCAACCAAAAGAUCCUGUGGUACAGAUUCACAGUCUGAGAAUGAGGCUUCACCAGUGAAACGGCCACGACUCCUGGAGAACCCUGAGCGGCCCGAGGAAGCCAGCCGGUCCAAGCAGAAGAGUCGCCGUCGGUGCUUCCAGUGCCAAACCAAACUGGAGCUGGUGCAGCAGGAACUGGGAUCGUGCCGCUGUGGCUACGUGUUCUGCAUGUUACACCGCCUCCCGGAGCAGCACGACUGUACGUUUGACCACAUGGGCCGCGGCCGAGAGGAAGCCAUCAUGAAGAUGGUGAAGCUGGACCGGAAGGUGGGGCGCUCCUGCCAGCGCAUCGGGGAGGGGUGCUCCUGAAGGCCACACGGCCGCCACACGACGCUGUUCUUAGUUCACUAAUGUUAGCCUUAUUUAGGACAAAGUCAGCCAGACACCUUGUACUGGGCGCGCCAGACUACAGCCAGUCCGUUCCCUCUUAGCCAGCCAUCCUGGUACUGUAGUUUAGGGGUUGAUGGUGGUUGAAAUUGAUUUCUGGCUGGUUACUAAGGUGCCUGCUAGCCAUUGUAUAAAAUUAAAACAUGAAGAAUAUUUUUUUUGAGCAUGGCUAGUGGAUUUAAAACAACACAUACCUGUCACUGCUGGGGUCAAACAUAAAAAGCCUUAAGCGGAAGUGUUCCAGACGGGACUUGGAGCCGCUGGAGGAGAAGCUGGUGUCAGAGUCCCCACGACGCACGCACACGGCGCUGCCAGAAACUGCUUCAUGUCCGGCCUCGCCCCUCUUCCCUGCUCCCUAGUCCUGGUGGCCAGGACACCUGCCGGCCACACGUGCCUCGGCCACAGGAGCUGCUGAGAGUGGCCGCGGGGCUGGGCUGGGCUGGGGUGGCCUCGCGCCCCCAGAGCUGGCGGGGGGGUGGGGGGCAGGUUCUUAGGAACAUUUUUUAUCUGACUUGCUAUGAAAAAACUCCUCACACAAGAAGACAAACAAUAACCUCACUUUGAAAGUUACUCCACUCAAGACUAGCCCAGCCCGAGACCUGCCUUCCCUCGCCGGACCCAGUGCCCCGGGCCGCGGUCGGGGGCCUGAGCUGACCCGGCCAGGCUGGUCUCAGACGCGCAGCACCCGCUGCCUGUGACUCUGCGCCAGCUGUCCAGGUUGGCAGUUUCCUUCAGAAGAGGUUUCCCAACCUGGGGGAGCGGAGAGGCGCUGGCAGGCCAACCUCGCCCUGCCCUCUGCGUGCGUCCUGUCCCACGGGCAGGGGGCGGGGAGGGCAGAGGUGGCCCUGGCCUGACAGGGCUGGGGGCGGCGGGUCGCAGGAGUGAGAUGCCCUUGAACACCUGCGUGGGCAUCAGCGGCCCCAUUGCCCCGUCUGACACAGGUCUGAGGGGACAUGGCUCCUGCAGAGACGGUUUGUAUCUGCCCACAGGCUUCUGGAACUUUCCCUCUUACACCACAGCCAACAGUUCAGCUCUGCAAAUUAGCAGCGAAACACCUACAAGUACAAAUGUUUUUUGGUCCAAAAUACUGAACUAGGAAAUCAUGCUCUUCACCCCCACCCCCGAGUGGAAUCCGCUGCAAAAUCUCCAGCCUUAAUUCUUGCUUCAGGACCCAGCCUGGCGUCUUGCUCUCGGGCAGCCCAGGGCAGGGCGCCCAGUCUGCCCGCGUUUACCACUGUUUUCCAGCCACAGCCUUCCUCAGGCUCCCACCCCGAAGAGGCCAACCCAUGCCCCUCCGCCCCCUCAGGCCCGGCAGCGAGGGGCAGGCGGCUUGCGGGGGCCAAGCCCUGUUCACUUCCCGAGGGUAGACUGGGGGUGGGGGCGGGAGGGCUGUGCCCCUGCAGUAUCUGUUCUGUGAAGUUUGUUCAAUGUAAGGAAAGCUUAAAUUCUUGUAUCUUUAAGAGAGAAAAUCUUAUUUAACCCUUUUGUGUUCUAGAUUUACUUACACAUGUAGCCUAGAGCUCAGUUUUAGUUUUAACAUUGUGAAAAUAUUAAAAGAAUCUUGUAACUUUAUUCUUUUUUUUCUCCUGCUGAAAAAAAAAAUUAAACCAAUCGUAUGAAAGUUUG